AUGACCGCGUUCGACGGCGGCCCAGCCGACGAGGAGAGGGAGCUUCGCCACAAGAUCGACGUCGAGAACAAGAUCAAGGAGGGCGCAGAGAACCUCCUCCACGUAUUUGACCUCCGCCUCGCAUCGUCCACAAAGCACGACCUCCGCAAGCAGAUCGAGUCCGAGCUCGACACGGCAAACGCAAAGAUCGCCGUGCUGCACAGCGAGCUGCAACGCCUCAGGACCACCUCGCCGCCCCAGCACGGCAACGCCCGCAGCGACCAGCAGCAACAACAGCACCACCAGCAGCAGCAGCAGCACCAGAACCAGCAGCAGAGAUGGCACCCCGACGCCGAAAUCGACCAUGUCGCCAGGCUCGAGGCUUCCGCCCUUGGCCUCGACCACGACUCCCUCUUCCCCGGCCCGCCCGGGCCCAGCAGGUCGCCCGACGCCGCCACCAACUACCAGAUCUCCAGGAUGCAGGACGCCUUCGACACGGGCUCACCGCCCUCGUCCAACCUCGCAAAUGAGAUCGGCGCCACCCGCAACAUGGACGGCCUCGUGGGCGGCCUCGGCAUCGGCCUCGAUGGCGGCUUCGAGCAGCCCACCAACGGACGGAGGGGCCGUUUCCGGGCAGACUCGGCGUCCUCAUCGUCGGCAGCUGCGGCCCUACCCACCACGACAGCGGCGGCGACGACGACGACGACACAUCGAUCCAGAUCGGACACGGCAACAUCACGGCCAGGUAGCGAGGGCGACAGGGAGCGCGACAAGGAGACCGAAGACGCCCAAGCGACCAGGACGCUCGUCAUGGCCCUGCUCCGCUCGCUCCGCAGCACGCCCCUGCGUAACCGCUCCGGCAGCGCACCGCUCCUCAUGUCGUCGUCCAAGAGCACGCUCGACGAGGCCGCCGCGAGCGCUUCGUCGAAUGCCAGCAGGCCUGGCGAAGGGGUCGCCGGAGCUGGCAUGGGCGCAGGCAUCCCUGGCCUCGUCGGCAACGCCAACGCGCCCCUUGCUAUGGGCCCGCCGGGCGCCCGCAUGAACCGUCGGCAAAUCACACGGAAUCGCGUGGCGGCGCUGGCGGGUGGCGCCAGCUCGGGCCACGUCAGGACGCCCAGCAACGCCGAUGGCCUCGGCGACGCAGCCAACCGUCAGAUUGAUACCAUGAAACGGCUCGUCGUCGUGCUCAAGAAGCACGCGCGUGCCCGCUACGAGCUCUCGCUCGACGACCUGGUCGACGUCGUGAUGCCGUGCCUGGCCGACUCGGCAGGAAAAGAGGUGCGCGCGGCGGCUUACCGCCUCAUACGCCACGCCCUCAUCCAGCCACCCUGGCCGCUCAUCUCGCGUUGCCGCGCCAAGGGUCUUGACGUCUACCUCUCGCGUACCACGAUCCGCGACAACCGCUUCGACGUCGAGCGCGAGCAGGCGCUCAAGCUGAUCCGCACCGUCAUGGAGCUCGCCGCGCUGCGCACCGUCAAUUCCGCCCCGGAUCGCCUGGCGCCUGAUCUCCAGGAUCUGCUGGCGCCGGGCGUGGUCCGCGCGCUGGCGGCCGUGGCCGAAGACGGCGAGGACAAGCUGCGGCACAUCUGCCUCGAGACGCUGGCCGAGCUGGCGGUGUUCGACGUGCGCCUCCUCAUCCGCGGUGGUGGCCUGCGGUCAGCGUUGCAGGCGCUGGUCGACGCGCCCAAUGACUUUGCGCCUACGCUGAUGCAGACGUUCCUCUACCUCAUCGACAUGCCGGGCACGCGCCACUUUCUGCGGCCGGGCGUCGACCUCGACGUCGCCAUGUCCGGCCUGACCGAGUCGCUGCCGAUCAAGCCGGUCGCGUACGAGGCGUCGCUGCGGUCGACGGCCAAGGUCGUCUCGACGAUGCUGCGGUCCUGGGGCGGGCUGCUCUACAUGUGCAUGGACGACAAGCGGGCGGUCAAGUCGAUUGUGCUGGCGCUGCGCGUCAACGCCGUCGAGGUCAAGGACUGCAUCCUCGACAUGCUCUACGACCUUUUCAACGUGCGGGCCGCGGCGCAGACAGACGACCCAGCCAGCAAGAGGGAGUCGGGCCAGAGGCAGGCCAAUGUGGAAGGGGCUGCGGCCGCCGCCGCAGCAACGACGUCCAACGGGCUGCCCUCGCUCGGCGAGAUGGGUGACCAGACGAGGACGCGCCUCAACCUCGUUGACCACUACCUCGCGCUGCUGCUGGUCGUCUUCAUCGAGGCCGGCCUGAUCGACGCACUGGUCGCCGUCAUCGAGCACACCGCAGAGAUGAGCCGGAAGGCGACGCUGCUGAUGGGCGAGCUGUUGCAGGUGUCGAAGCGGGUCCAUCCGCCCUCGAUGGGCAGCAGCAUCCACUCGCUGCCGCACCUCUUUGCCCUCGCCGCCAGCUUCAAAAAGUCCAAGAGCGACGAGCGGCAGGCGGCGGCGCUGGCGUUGUCCUCCAUCGACCGCGUCAACCGCCAGCGCGCGCACCACGAGGCCGUUACCACUGUCGCCGCCGCCACGGGAUCCAAGCAGCCCGCCAGCCGCGACCGCUCCAACUCGCUCGACGAGACGGUGCGGCGCGGCCAACGCCAGGUCGAAAAGACCAAGAUCCGGCUCGGCAUGCAGAUCGACGACAACCAGUUCCGCAGCCUAAUGGUCGACACCCAGGUCCUCAACACCAAGGACCACGUCAAGUGGAACCUCGACACGCUGACCGAGAUGCUCGAAGGCCCGCUGAUGAACCCGCGCCGCAUGGACGAGGUGAUGCGCGGAACCAAGUUCCUCAAGCGGCUCCUCUCGUUCUUCCACCCGUUCUCGCUGCGCUUCUCGAGCAUCCGCAAGAUCAACUCGAACCGCCGCUUCGUCCGGCUCGGCUGCACGCUCCUCUCGACGCUCCUCUGCACCGCCGAGGGCAUCAAGGCCCUGACCGAGGACCGACUGCUGCGCGAGGUGCGCGAGUGCCUCGAGCAGCUCGACCCCGUGUCUGGCACGCCCACCUCGGACCCGCUCAUGUCCAAGAGCCGCCUCGAGGAGACGCUGACCUCGGGCUACUUUGAGAUGCUCGGCGUGCUGACCCAGAGCGCCGAGGGCAUCCGCCUGCUGGAGCGGCACAAGGUCUUUUCGCCCCUCUACCACCUGAGCGAGCUGCGCAGCCGCGACGACGUCAUCCGGGCCGUCAUCGAAAACUUUGACUACUCGUUUGACGGGCACACCCGCGUCGUGCUGUCCAAGGCGCUGACGUCCAACUACCGCCACAUCCGACUGUUUGCCACGCGCCACCUGGCCGAGCUCAUCCGGCGGUCCGUCUCGAUUGGCAGCUCGGCCCGCCAGUCGACGGGCGCUGCCGAGGACGACGGCAACGAGUGGAUGAUCAGCCUGCUCCUCUCGCAGCUCUACGACACGUCGAUCGAGGUGAGGGAGCUGGCGGUCAGGGUCGUCGAGGAGUCGUGCGCCUCGAUCGACAUACUGGAAAAGGUCGUCGCCAUGCGGCCCACGCUCGACCACCUCGGCGACAUCGGCCACCCACUGCUGCUCAAGUUCCUCUCGACCAGCAUUGGCUUCCGAUACCUCUGGACCGGCGACUACAUCGACCGCGAGAUGGACCACUGGUUCAACGAGCGCAACCACCGCUACGCGAUCCAGGUCGAAGUGAUGCUGGCCGAGUUCUUCAGCGUCCACCGCACGUCGGCCUCUUCUUCGGCUUCGUCUUCGUCGGCGGCGGCGGCGGGACUCGGAGCCAGCCGGAAGGACGCCGCGGGCAAGACGAGCAGCCAUGCAGCAGCCGACGCCGAGCCCGAUGGCACAGUUCCGCCCCACUUUUACGGCGAGCUGGCCAAGACGGCCGAGGGCUGCGAGAUCCUCCGGCAAAAGGGCCACUUUGGCGACUUUGCGCACUUCAUCCGCCAGCACGGCCUCGAGCAUUCCGAUGCCGAGCUCAUCAACAAGCUCAAGAGCGUCCUGUGGGCAGUGGGCAACAUUGGUUCGACCACGCUCGGUCUGCCGUUCCUCGAGGCCGAGGACGUCAUCUCCCAGAUCAUCGAGAUUGCCGAAAACUCGCUGGUCAUGUCGGUGCGAGGGACGUGCUUCUUCGUCCUUGGGCUGAUUUCGGCAACGACACAGGGAUCCGAGCUGCUGCAAGACUACGGCUGGAUCUCGGUCUGCACACCGCUCGGCGUGCCGCUGGGACUGUGCCUUCCGAGCGACGUUGGGCGGCUCGUCUCGAUGCCUACGUGGGACGUCGAGGAGGUGCUGGACUUGGGCUACCUGGACUUCUGCGAGCCAGACACGGUGCUCGAGAACAAGGCCAUCACUUCGAUCGCCAACCUGGGCAACUCGAUCCUGGCCAACAAUGCGUCGCGCACGCUGGCCAAGCUCAAGCUCAAGCACAAGGCGACGUUUGAAGACGUGGCGCUCCUGACGCGCGCCGUCGAGCUCAUGGACUGCUUCUACAUCCGCCUGCCCGUCCGGCGGUACAUCUGGGAGCUGUUUGACGUCUCGCUCGGCGAAGACGUCGUGCAGCAGAUGCAGCACCAUCGACGCCACCUCGUCGAGCGCAAGAGGGCCGAACGCCACGGCGGUGGCCCUGGCGGUCGGAUGGGGCCUGGCCACGCUUCGCCGGUCAGGCGGGAUGGUGGCGAUGCACCAGUCGGACGAGGGUCCGGUACGGCCGCAGCGUCAGCGGGCACCACGCCGCGCGACCGUGCGGCCUCGUCGACGACGCCGAGACGGCCAGCGGUACGGGGCAUACCCAAGGCGAGGCACCUCGGUCUCCAGGGGAUGGCAGACGAGGUCUCCGACGACGGCGAUGGCGAUGGCAUCGCCGUCGACUCUGACCUCGACCACGUGGGCGUCGGCAUCGACUCGGACGACUUUACAGGCGAUGACGACGACGACGACGACGAUGACGAAGACGACCUGGAAGCGGAUGAGGAGGAGGGAGACGAGGGGGAGAGCGUCAAGAUGAUCGGAGUGGACGACGUCGAGGUCGGGGAUGACGAGAGGGAAGGUCAUGGCAAUCGAGGUGGGAUUGAGAGACCGGUCGAUGCGCCGCCGCCGCCGCCGCCGACGACGACGUCGACGAAGGACGCACCAACACGGACGGAUCUUCCAACGCAACUGGCGGUGGGGGGAGAGGGGGGUGAACCCGGCUCGGUCCAAGUUGGGACGGCGGGCAGCGUCAGGACGAUCGAGACGAUCCGAACCCGCCCCGCACCACCACCAGCACCAUCCUCAGCAGCAGUGGCAGCAACAGCAGCAGCGGCAGGGGCAGGAGGGGCACCACGACGUCGCUCUCGCUCCGACUCGCACCAUCACCAGCAGCAGCAGCAGCACCAGGACUCGCUCGGCACGACGCUAGAGCCGCCGGCGAAACUGGCAAUGUCGCCGCGUAAGAGGGUGCUCGGCUUCGCCGUCUCCUAG